AUGACCUGCUGCAUCCAGCGCCCAUGCGGCAAGAAAGAAGCUGCCAAGAGAUCCCUCGGCCUCAAGGAGGCGCCCCCGUGCUCCUUGCACCGGCGCGACAAGACCGUGUCCCUGCACCGGCACGCCAAGAACCCAUACUACCCCUGGAGGCGGUGCGCGGGUACCAUCAAGACCAAGCUCCGCAUCUCGCCGCCGCCUCGUCCACAAACCACCGCCGGUGCCUCCUCCUUCCCCAACCGCAACCUCUGCUCCCCUAAGCCCCACAUCCCGCCGCCGUCCUCUGAUCCCGCCGCCGCGCGCCUUCCCCUGAACCCCACGCCGUGCGCGCCCUCCCAGGAACGCCCCGCCGCCACGAGCCCUCCCGGGAACCCCCGCCGCCGUGCACCCUCCCCGGAACCACCGCCCUCCUCAAAUCCCGCCGCCAGUGCCGCCGCCCUCCCCGGAUCAACCCAGCCACCGCCAUCUCCCUCCCUGGUCGCGCCGCCACCACUCUUUCCCUCCCCAAAUAGCGCUGCAACCACCACCUGUGGCCUCUCCUGCAUCGCGCCCAUGCUCCUCUACCUCCGGGCGCGGCUCUGCCCCGCAACCAUCGCCUUCGACGAACCCCGGCAACCAUCAGCCUGGGCGCCCUCCCUCCCGCCCGCUCGCUCCGACGCGGAUCCGGACAACCCCGCAACCCUCCCCUCCGGACUGCCCUUGCCAUUGGGCGCGACCAGUGCCUGUACUUCGCCCACGACCAAGCCACUGUGCUCAUCUUCAGUUUCGCGUCGCCCAGCUGCAUAACAGUAGCGGUAUGUUGAUGUUCAGAGCACAUGUUCUGUUGAAAAGAUUCCCAUUUUGCCUAAUUAUAUUGCAAUCCUGCAAGUCUAUGAGCCAUGCUCUGUACUGUGAACAUAUACUAAUAAUACAAGUUAUUUGGUACACUGUCAAGGUUCAGGAAAGGAUGCAUGCUUCCACACGAUGCCUGAAAAAAUGCCACUUUCCAAAUCUCGUCUCCGUCCGAGCACGAAGCCGCUACUGCCCGUCAGUGCUUGGUGCACCAGGAGAAGUUCGUCACC